AACACGCCAAUUUAAUAAACUCAUACAAUGACAGUGUAGAAGAUAUAAAUAUUAAAAAGGAAGAGAAAAGUUCAAGUGAACAUCCUUUCAUUCCUAUAAAAAAUAAGAUAGAUAAUGUUCAUACAAAAAAUAACAAUCAAUAUAAUUUACAUAAUAAUAAAUCUAAUAAAACACACCUUACUUAUGGAACACAUACUAGCUUUUUACAAAACUGCACCAUCAAUGAUUGUGUAGAUGUCGAUAAUAAAGAUUCUGAAAUUAAUAAUAUAACAAAAGAAAAAGAUGAUAAUAAUAAUGGAACUAAGCAAAUUGAAGAGAAAAAUAAAAUGAAUAAAAGCGAUAUACAUAGAGAAAAUGAAUUAAAUUUACAAAGUGGAAAAAAUGAGCAAGACAUAAAUAAAAAUGAGAAAGGAAAACAUGAUAUCUCUAAUUCCAAUGCAGAGAACAAAAAGGAUGUAAAAGAAGGAGUGAAAGAAUUAGAAGCAAAGAAAAAAGAAGAGAAAAUUUCAGAUGAUCAUAAAGUUGAGGAAAAAAAAAAAUUAGAUGAUCAUAAAGUUGAGGAAAAAAAAAAAUCAGAUGAUCAUAAAGUUGAGGAAAAAAAAAAAUCAGAUGAUCAUAAAAUAGAAGAAGUAAAAAAAGUGGAGGAACAUAAAGAAGACAAAGAAGAGGAUAAAAAAGAAAAGAAAUCAGAAAACAAAAAUAAAGAUGAAAAUAAAGAUGAAAAUGAUAAAGAUAAUGAUGAAAUAAGUGAUGAAGAUGAAGUUGAUGAUGAUGUUGAAGAAGAUAAAAAUGAUAAUGAUGAUAUUGAUGAUGAUAAAAAGGAAACAGAUAAAACUCAUUUGGAAGAAGAGGAAAAUAAAAUAAUUGAAAAGGAACUUAGUGAUAAGAAAAAGAAUGGUAAAAAUAAAGAUAUAGAGAAGGAAAAAAGUAAAGAUAUAGAGAAGGAAAAAAGUAAAGAUAUAGAGAAGGAAAAAAGUAAAGAUAUAGAGAAGGAAAAAGGUAAAGAUAUAGAGAAGGAAAAAGAAAAAGAAAAGGAUAAAGAUAUAGAGAAAGAAAAAAGCAAAGAUAUGGAAAAAUUAAAGAAUAAACAAAAUGAUGAAAAAAAGAAAGAGGAUAACGAAAAGAAAAAAAAUGAUAAACAAGAUAUACAUGAUGAUAAUGAUGAUGAAAAUGAUAUGGAAGAAAUAGAGGAAAAUGAUGACGAAGAAGAUGAGGAUGAAGACAUGGAAAACAAAAAAAAAAAAAAAAAAGGAAAAAAUGAAAAUGGAAAUGGAAAUGGAAAUGGAAAUGAAAAUGGAAA